AUGCUUAAUUCAACCAGAGUGCCAUCAGAUAUUUUCUUAUCUAAGAAAGACUUCAGAAAAGCUCUUUAAUCAUACUUUAAAAAGAACUUGAAAAUUGUUGGGAAUGAUUGCGAUUACGAAAGUGAGAUGAAAAGACAUAGAUUUACCCAGUAUUUUGAAAAUUUACUCUUUAUCACGCAUAAAUUUGCCAAAGAUUAUAUAAUUAGCCAGAACUUAGAGGAAUUUGAAGUGAGAUAGAUAAAGAAGUAAUUUGAUGAUUUGCUGAUUCAUGAUUAUCUAAACAGAAUGGUAUAGGAAAUUAACCAGUAUAAUAUAUAAAAGAGACUUUAAUUUGGACAUUUAAAUCAAAUUGAAGUAGAUGAAAAAAGCGAUUAAGACUUAUUCAAGAUAAACUUUGAAAACAGAGUCAAUUUUUAGACUUAUUUAUUUGGCAAGUACUUCGAUGGUAUGAUUGGUUUAUUCAGAGAGGGAGAUGUUAUUCAAGAUUACUCAAAUUUUGAUCAAUAUGUUCCUAUAAUUUGA